CAAAAAGGACAUUCCUGCAGUCAAUUUCAUCAUCCAUGAAAUCCACUGCAGAAGAAACAUUGAAAUGUGCCCCUACUGCAGCGACUCCAUCCCAAAGUCUGAGAUGAAGAACCACAUUGAGUCUGAGCACGUGCAGGUCACCUGCAAGUGCAGGAUGAAGAUGGAGAGCAGCCUCCUGAAGGAUCAUGAGGCGUCCUCGUGCCCGCUGCGGCCCGUGCUGUGCCAGUUCUGUGACAUCCAGCUGGCCUUCAACAAGCUCCAGGAGCACGAGCUCUACUGCGGGGAGCAGCACAAAGAAAUCAAAAGUGAAACCCUGCUGUCCAGAGGGAGCUGCUGGUGCAGGUUUGCUGUUCUCCCCAAUUUACAGUGUUUCUCUUUUGAAGGGGAUGAGCUGGACAGACCUGAGCUCCUUCAUCCCCAGCUUGCUGAAGACUGGAAUGCUGAGCUGGACUAUGUGCUGGCUCUCAGCCUGCAGGGUGAGAAUAAUCCUCAGCAUAACACUGCAGCUGACAUUGCCAGGGAUUCCUGGGAAUGGGACUACACCAAAGAGCCUGGACAGUCUGCCCACCGUGGGGGAACAGAGCUGUCCAGCAUCUCCUGUGACUCUCCAGGCUCCUUUAGCACAUCAAACCACAGCAAAAUAGACAAGGACAUGACCAUGUUGCCCUGCGAGUUCUGUGAGGAGCUGUGUCCUGCUGGAGAUCUGAUCCUUCACCAGACAGGGUGUAACCCAGCAAGUGCCUUUGCCUCGUUCAGCAAGAGAAGUUCUUCUCCAAGUCCGUGGGAAUACAGUGGGGAGUCCAAGAGCCACAGGGCUGUCCCUCCAGCCCAGCCCCAGGCUGUGCAGGCAGAAGGAGACAUCAUGAUUCCAUGUGAAUUCUGUGGCAUCCAGCUGGAGGAGGAGAUUCUCUUCCAUCACCAGCACCACUGUGACCUGCGCCCUGCCAGCCCCACGGGUGGCACUGCAGCUGAGGAGGGGCCAGCCCAGCCCCAUGGGGACAGACGGGAAUCGCCAGAGCCCGCUCGGCGACGGAUCCGGCACCAAGGAGAUGUUUCCCCUUGGCACGCAGAGGGCUCUGGGCAGCGGGGGCUGUGCCCUACAAUAAAUACAUUUGGGAUUCCCAGGAGCCGUUCUGGAGCCAGGGGACACCGAGCUGGAGGUUCGGUCACCUCAGCCGGAGCCUCCCGGGCGGCACCGACGGAUCCCGGGAUGGUCUCCUCCUCAGAACUCAGGAUCCGAGGGAUCAGCAGAGCUGGAGUGUCCCAGAAAUCCUGCUGAGGGAUGAGACACCGGUGGAGGGGCUGCUCUGAACCAUCCAGAACAUUCCACAGAACAUGGUGGAGCUGUUCCUGCUCCGCAGCUGCCUCCCAGCUUUCCACACAGAACAGGAGCUUCGUCCUCCUGCCGGGUGUCAGAGGUUUUUAGGGUAAUUUGCUCUUGGAUCAAAGAUUUUUGAGUACAAAAAUGAGUUCCAGGUGUUUGAGCACCUCCUGGUUGUUCUAAGAGCUCGUUGGGAAAUGGGAUAAAGUCCCGGAUUUUUGGAUGGACUGUGGUAUCUUACACCCUUUGGAGAGAAGCUGUUUUGUUCUGCUCACGUUUUAAUUACAAUAAAUUAUUUCGUUGCUAAGCAAAGCAGACAUUCAAGAACAUCUAGGGCAGGAACCCAAAGGAAUCACAACCCUUUCACUGUUCUAUUAGAAAUUUUCCCAAAAGUGUUGAGCUGAAACCCCCAGUUCCCUGUGGCAGCCCCCAUGUGCUUGGUCAGAGUUUAGAAAAAUUUCAAGGAAAGUGGUGGAAAGGUGGAAAAGCAGUUUGGCAGCAAAGUUCUGCUUCGAACCUCAAGCAAGUGCCACAAAUCCUGCCCAUGCAGUGAUUCCCUCCCCACACCCAAACCUGACAUUUUUGUACUCAAAAACCUCUCAGGGAGAGCGAUCCAUGAGCCUCCCCCUCUGAGGGCCUCGGAAUGCCCUCCCUGCCAGUGGUGUUUGCACGGGGCAGACCAUUGUGGAUUACAAAAUUAGAAAUGUACAGGUGGAAAGGUUUUCCCCCCCCAAAUUAAAU